AUGGCCAACCUUCUCUCCUUGCCAGACGAACUUCUUUUGACGAUAGUCAACCAUCCAGCGUCCUUGCUCCAGAGGGUCAACGACGAUGAUAUCAAGACGGCGUUAUGGCCAUAUCUUACCCGCUCCGUUUCCGUACGAUCUUUCAAACGAUGCAAUAUGAUAUACACCUUGAUGUGCGUAUGCAAACGAUUCGAAGGUCUCCUAAAGAAUGACCUGUAUUGGUCCCCAGCCCUCCAACGGACUAUUGGAAAGGAGGAGAACAAUCGACCAAAAGCAUUACUGGCCGCACUCAAUAUAAAUCCGAGUCUCGGACGCUACAUUGUCGCCGUUUCAACACAUUGUACUCUCUUGGCUGACAUCGUUGAGUUAUUCGGGCUUCCGCGCAUCAAAACGCUUGUCUUGGAUGGUCUACAGAAUAUAAACACUACAGGGUCUUGCAAAACAUCGUGGCGCUCCACUUCAAGCGUAGAAAAUCUGCGGCUGUUAGACUGCAAUAUCAACAACUUUGUGUUAGAGACUAUAUUGUCCUUCCCACGAAGUUUGAAAAGUCUACACUACGAAAUCGACUUUAUCGAAGACGCCGAAGACUUUUACUUUGAGCUUGAUCUGAAUCAUACCUCCUCCUUGAUAAGCAGUCACGAAGAUUCUUUAGAGAGUCUCGUUCUGACGCUCUGCCCUAGGCGUACUUCCUUGGAAGAAUCGCGCCUAGACCCCUGGUUCUUCACGCCCUUGAAUCUCCGUUUUAUGAAAUCGCUAAAAAUGCUUGUCAUCAACCACCUCUUCCUGUCGAGGUUCGGGCCUAUCCAAAUCCCAGAUGAAAACUUCUACCGUCGUUUCCCGCCUAGCAUUGAGGAAUUGCGGGUCAUCUAUGUGAGAGAACGAUCCGGCGAUUGUAUGACGAUGGAGCAGUGCUGGCUGAUGCCCUUGAUGCAGAAAAAGCGGGCGAAAUUUCCGAAUCUACGCAAGGUUACAGUCUAUAUCACUGAUGGUAUAGGAAGUUUGCACUCAGAUAACGAGAAUUUGGGUCAUGACGCGUUCGAACUUCAAAUGUCAAGAGAAUUACUUCUCUUGGCUAAAGAGGUGGAGGUCUUGCUGGAGAUCGAAAUAGGGCGAGCUGGUGUUACCAGGCAUGCUAUGAGCCAGUAG